AUGAGGAAGACGCGUUCUGUAUUAUCCAAGGGCGUGCUUGCUCUCUCCAAAACAGCACUAACGCCUAAACAACUUAUUCAAAGACUACGCGAUGCCAAUGAUGAACUACAAGGUCUAGACCAAAGCGAUAACAGCAGAAAGAUCGUCUCUCAAAUCCAACAUGAUCUCGGGAACAAGACCCUUUUGGCGCAUACCAACGGUGGAGUACAGGUGCUUGUUUGCUGUUGUAUAGCUGAGAUCUUACGGAUCCAUGCACCCGAUUCGCCGUUCGAUUUGGAUCAGCUCUCCAAAAUAUUUAGGUUGAUGUUUAAGCAGUUCCGGAAGUUGAAUGCCGUUGACAAUCCGUAUUAUGAUCAGUAUUGUACACUUUUAAAGAAAGUGGCCCAAGUGAAUUCCAUCUGUUUAAUGGCUGAUCUUCCAGAUAAUCAAGAGUUGAUUGAAGAGCUCUUUGAGGUGUUCUAUGGUUUAGCAGCUAAGGAUAACUUCCCUACGAGACUAUUGGCUUCUAUUACUGAUAUGAUGGCUGUGGUUAUUUCCGAGGUCAAGACCAUCUCUCAAACCGUUUUACGGUACGUUUUAUCUGCCUUUUUGCUCCAUGAAGCAGGUGACAUUCCCGUAGCCACUCCAACUUCUAAUAUCCACUGUCCGGCACUUGUUUUUUCAUUGACAGUGUGUGAAACUAAUAUGGAGCUUAUCUCCCGGCAAUUGGCCCAAUACUUUAGCGAAGUUCUUUAUGAUUCAACUGAAAAGGCUAAAGAAAGUAGUUCGGCCAAUGCCAAGGAAGAAUUAGCUGAUCAACUUCUUAAAAUUCAUCGUCUUUCAGUAAGGAUUUGGAAAUUUGUCCCUGGGUUACUUGGAGCAAUUGUGGGGUUAUUCGAAGAAGAAUUAAAGGCAACAGAUGUUCAUAUUCGGAUCAUAGCAACAGAAACUUUGGGGCUGAUCAUACACAAUACUAACCCUACUAAAGGAGUCAAUUUCUUUACCAGCCAUAAAUCAACUUGGAAUCUGCUUCUUCGGAAAGCAACCGACAUUUCACCUUUAGUGAGAGGUAAAUUAGCCGAACAAAUCCCCAAAUUCAUCGAUUCCGCUAAUAACCCAACUACAGAAACAAAUACAGUCAUCACAAACCUUGUUUGUAAAGGAUUGAUGGACGUGGAUGAAAGAGUAAGAAUAAAAACUUGCAAAUCGCUUUCAACAAUUAAAUUCGGCGAUAUUAAAGAUAGAUUAUGCAACAAGAACUUGAUAUCCACAUUGAACUUAAAUGUUAGAGAGAAAAGUCCAGAGGUCAGGAACCUUUCCAUUCAAAUUCUAUCUAACGUUUACGAAAACUAUUGCAAGCAUGAAACUAAUUCUAGUUUUGGUACUCAUAGUGAAAUUGAAUGUGAAGAAAUAGAAUUGAUGAUUAAACAGAUUCCUUCAACAAUACUUUCCUUAACAUAUAUUAACGAUAAGAAUAUUAAUUACCAAGUGGAUAUAUCAUUGUUUGAAAGCUUGACCCCGUUGGCUGAAUCAAGUAGCAGAAAGAGAGUCGAUAGACUUUUACAACUUUUCAGUACUCUUGAUGCUAAAAGCAAACAGUCAUUCUUUGCUAUUAAUGAAAGACAACAAAAUUUGGCUAAAGUCGUUGAUAAUUUCAUCAGUUUAUCCGAAGACUACUUCACUUCUUCGUCACAAGAUGUUAGUCAAGCUUCUUUUAGUGGGUCAAUUGUUCAAGGUAAAGAAUUAAUCUUAAACAAAUUGGAUAAAAUAAUUAAUUGGCUAGUUGAUUCUUUCCCCACAAACAAAAACACAUAUGGGUGCUUUGAUCGAUUAUUCAAGGUUAAUAAUACCAGGAUUUUCCAAUUAAUGAAGAUCUGUAUUUCACCUGAGUCUGAUUACAAUACCAUCAGAUCAUCCAUGAAGGAGCUUGUGAUAAAACUAAGAGAUUCUGCUAAUAUCCAGAACAACGAUGGUACCCCACUGGUUCAAGAUAUGGUUACCAAUAUGAAACUUUUGCUUUAUAGAAGCUCUGGAUUGCUAUACAACCGUUCUAACAUUCCCGUUUUGAUAAGUUAUGUGAAAGAUACCUACCACGACUUCAAUGGUCCAGCCAGUGAGAUUCUUGUUAUGAUAUCCAAGGUUAAUCCACAGGUAUUACGGUUCCAUGUCGAUGCUCUUGUCAAUUUAAUUCUCGAGAGUCCAGAGGAUCCUAGUGAGAUUAUUAUUCCUAUAACUACAAACUUGAAAACUUUGUACAACUUCUUCAAAGUGUUUCCCGAGUUGUUUCCCUCUGAGGUUCGAUUCAUUGAAAAGUUAAAGAGAAUAUCUUUAAGAGGAAGCCCCAAAAUUGCCAGAUAUUGUAUUAAAAUUAUUGGAGUUAGUCCCAAAAAGGAAAUCUAUUGUGCCUCAAUUAUUCAUCUGAUAUACCCACUUGAUCUAGAUUCACCUCAAUUUGUUACCCAUUUAUCUAUCAUUGCUGAAAUAUGUCAAAUUGAUUCACUUUCUGUCCAAGAUAAGUACGGUCAGAUAACCGAAACAUUAAUCAAAAAGGUCUUCAAAGUCAAUCGUAAUCUUAAUGGGAGCGGAUUGGUUGAUGACACCCAUGAAAGUUGGCUUGAUGAUACAACAUUAGAUGUUGAAUACAGAAUUCAUUCUAUUUAUGAAAAGUUAUUGGGGUUCCGAUUUUUAAUUAAUAAAUUGAAAUCACAAGCUUACAACGUCGAAGAAGAAGAUGAUGAUUCUGAAAGAGAUAGCAUCAUGAGAUUGGCUCUGCCAGUAUUAACAUUAUUUAUUUCAACAAUUGGGAACUCUGGUGAGAUUGUUAGGAAAGAAUGUCCUUCUUGGCCAACACCAGAGACGUAUAAACUGAAGUUACGACUUGCUGCUGGGCUUAGCAUCUUGAAAUUGGCCAAGAUCCCAAUCUAUAACCAAAUGAUCGACCCUACGACCCUAAGAAGAUUAUCCUUCUUACUUACAGACCCCAAUCCACAUGUUAGGGAAUUGUUUAUGAAUUGUUUGCAGAGGAACAUCAAUGAUGGAUUGAUAUCUGAGAGGUUUUUGGCCAUAUUAUACUUUAUUGCCUUGGAAGAUAAACCUGAAGCCAAGAGGGGUGCAACUAUGUGGAUCAAAUCUUUAUUCAAAAGACAAGAAGGAAAGUUCAUUAAGUUUGAAAAGUCUCUUGUUCGUUUAAUUCAUAUAAUUGCCCAUCAUGAGCAUUUUAUUUCACUUCUAGAAGGUGAUAAAGAGAAUAACAGCAGUCAGAUUGAAGCUUAUACUUAUGCUAUAAAGAUCCUUAUAUUUUGUGUCAAGCUCAUUGCAACUUCAGAGAAUAUUUCUCUCUUAUAUUAUUUUGCCAACAGAGUCAAGCAAUACAGAGAUGCUACUGUCAACAAAGAAGUUUAUGAGAGUGAUGAAGCUUCUGCUUCUGAUGAUGGGUUGCCCAGUGUUGUGUUGAACUUGUAUCGUAUUGCUGACUUGGCUCUGAUGAUCAUAAAGGAAUAUGGUGAAAUGAAAGGCUGGGUCAUACCAACAUGGCCAGGCAAGAUCAAAUUACCUUCAGAUAUAUAUAUUGCCAUGUCUUCAGCUUCGGAGCUCCAAUCUAUACAAGGAAGAGUUUAUAUCACCGAUCGAAUUCAACUGCAAUUGAAAACCAUCAUUAAAAGUGAGUUUGUUGGUUUGAAGCGAAAGCAUAUCCUAUCAGACGAGAAGGAAAGGAAAGUAACAUCCAAGAGGACAAAAACCAAACGCAGAAAGCUUGAAAAACCAAUCCCAAAGUCAAAGCAAAAGGUGGACAACCUUCCUACUAGGAGAUCGGGAAGAACCACUGGGAUGGUUAACUAUGCAGAAGUUGGAUCUGAUGAAGAUGAAGACGAAGAUCAAGAUGAGCCAAGUUCAGCGGAUGAAGCAUAA